GUCGAUGUUUGUUCAGUUUACAGAAGCAACAGUCUCAGCGCAUCUGUCAGAAGAUGGAAAAGAAAUCUCUCGCCAUUGUCCUAGCCGUGUGCCUGGUGGUGGCGGUGGCGCUUGCAGUUGGUCUGGGCAUCGGGCUGACGAGGAAGGCGACCAGCCAGAGGAAGGCAGUGGGGGACUCCUGCACCCCGGACAGUCCGCCUGUGGGCAGCGGCGGGCCGUACGGACAGGCUGCCGUGGCAGCGGACGCCGGGAAGUGCUCGGAGAUCGGCAAUGACAUUCUUGAGAAGGGCGGUUCGGCCGUGGACUCGGCCAUCGCCAGUCUCCUGUGUGUGGGGCUGCUGAACGCACACAGCAUGGGGAUCGGCGGGGGGUUCUUCAUGACCGUCUACAACAAGGAAACCAACACGGCACAAAUCAUCAACGCCAGAGAGACAGCCCCCGCCAGAGCCUCCGAAAACAUGUUCGCGUCGGCAUCAUCUACAACAGGCGGCCUUGCCGUCGCCGUGCCAGGUGAGAUCCGGGGUUACUGGGAGGCGCACCAGAGAUACGGGAAGCUACCGUGGAGAGACCUGUUCCAGCCGGCUAUACAGAUCGCGGAGGAGGGCCUCUGUAUCAGCAAUGCGAUGAACGUCGCUAUCGAAAGAAAUAAAGACUUGAUAGAGAGUCCAGACAGCCACAUGUGUGACGUCUUCUGUGACGAAAACAACAACGUUCUGGGGAAGAACCAGAUCAUGAAGCGGCCCCAGCUUGCAGAAACGCUCCGUGCGGUUGCCGAUGGAGGUGCAGACGCCUUCUACACGGGGGAGAUCGCCAGGAAUCUGGUGAACGACAUACAAGAAGCGAAUGGAAUCAUCACAGAGCAGGACCUCCGGGACUACCAGGUGGAAGUGACGUCACCUCUCAACAUCUCCCUGGCGGGAGGCCUGACCGUCUUGUCGCCUCCUCCUCCAGCAAGCGGACCCGUCUUAAGUCUCAUCCUCAACAUCUUAGACGGUUACGGUCUGAACGCCACCAGUGUAGACGGAGUUGAUAACCAGGUCCUGACGUACCACAGGAUUAUAGAAGCAUUCAAGUUUGCCUACGCCAAGAGAACGGAGCUGGGAGAUCCCAACUUUGUAGACAUCGACGAGCUGGUUAGAAACAUGACGUCCAGAGAUUUCGCGGACUCCCUGCGACUGAGGAUUACCGACGCCAUGACGCACAACUACACGUACUACGGGCCGUCCUUCGCGCUGUCACCUGACGGCGGCACGGCGCACCUGUCCGUCCUGGGGCCCAACGGCGACGCCGUGUCAGCAACCAGCACCGUCAACCUCUAUUUCGGCUCAAAGUUACGGUCUCCUUCAACUGGCGUCAUCCUGAACGACGAGAUGGACGAUUUCUCCUCCCCAAACAAAACCAACUCGUUCGGACUCCCGCCUUCUCCGGCGAACUUCAUCCGGCCCGGAAAGCGCCCCCUAUCGUCCAUGGUGCCCGUCAUCGUGCUGGACUCGAACAAUGACGUCAGACUUGUGGUCGGGGCUUCGGGAGGAACAAAAAUCACCACGGCAACGGCUUACGUGGCGAUGCAGCACCUGUGGUUCGGGCUGGACAUCGGGGACGCCGUGGAGAAACCCCGUCUGCAUCACCAGCUGAUCCCGGACCGAGUGGACAUAGAGACCAGCAGAAUGUUCACACCCGAGGCCGUCCUGGACGGACUCCGUCAGAAAGGUCACGAGAUCAACCCAGGGACCACCCCUGUUGGCUCGGCGAUUGUCCAGGCCGUGGCAAAGAUCGGGUCCGCCAUUACAGCCGCCUGUGACUCCCUCAAGGGCGGCUUCCCCGAUGGGUUUUAGCCUUCGUCAUGCUGUGGUAGCCAUUUGGUAGCCUGGCUGCAAUCCUAGUUGUAUGCUGGGGUUCCCAUACUCACUCCCAAAUAGCGUACAAUGUAUGAGGGCCCCGGUAUACAAAUAGGAUGGCACCCAGGCGAGCCAUUUGACACUGACUCUAGGAUUUGUUAUAGGGUUAGGAAAUAGGCAAAGGCUUAAGCACACGUUUCGACUGAAAUGCUUCCAUGCAGGGUUUAACCUGCUCCAUGCUAAAAUAUUCUAGAAGCCUGGUAACCCAGACCUAUUAUAGCUCCCAAGCCCUACAUCCUCUCCGCAAAUAUUUGCAACUAGAAUGUAGGACUCGGGAGCUAUAAUAGGUUUGGUAACCAGGCUAGCUAAAGUUGCCAUUUGGCGCUGAUUCUAGGCGUAUUGGUUUGAGCAUGGAGUUAGGUAGCAGGGAGAAGGUUAAAGUAACUAUGUUUCACCUUAGGGUCAUGCUAGAGUAGUCAUUUGUCACUGAUUCUAGGAUUUUUAUAGGGAUAGUCAGCAGGCAAAAGGUUAACGGCAAACUUGGUAAACUGAUAUGCAUCGCCGCAGCUAAGGGGUUUUAAGAUUAACAUUCAUUAUACUAAGGUAGCCAUUUGGCACCGAUUUUAGGACCUGUUAUAGUGUUAGGCAGCGAGCUUUAACUAAAAUGCUUAGUUAAAGCAAAACUAAAAUACUUCCACGCAGUAUUUUAACCUCCCCCAUGCUAAGGUUGUCAUUUGGCACCGAUUCUAGGAUUUUACGGGGCAGGGUAUCAGUGUGAAGUUAAGCUGCUAUGUUGAGUUAAAAAGGCUGUCUUUAAAUUUUUGUUCGUCAUUGCAUUUUGUAGGGGAGGCGAUAGGGGGAAGAAGCAAAUUUUCACGGAGUAAAAAACGUUCGUUGUAAAUCCUGUCAUUUUUUUGAUCACGAAAAUAUUUUUGUACUGUCAUAAAGUAUAGAUUUUUAACACACGGGGUGAAUUUUUUUGCCCGCGCGUGUACGGACCGUGUAUAAAAAGUUGUCAUAAAAAGUUGUUAACAUAAAACACAUAAAAAAAUUAAAUGAGCCCAAAGUGACACUAUUGUUCUCAGGGUUACCCAGUUUAUGGAUUUAUGGUUAAAUGUUUUACUUUGAUAAAACUAGUAGAUAUGUAUAGAUAGGAUAUUGGACUUUCCUGGAGGACCAAAUGCACUAGUUUUGAGGUUAUACUUUUUUAUACUUUGAUUACAUAUAGAAAACGAGGUUUACUCGUUUAAAGUUUGUGACUUUAGAAUUGUGAUUAUAUUUGAUUAUAAUCGUCAACUUUUUACUAAAAUCAGGCAAAUUCUGUGUACAAUUAUCCUAUAUUCGGUUUAUUGUCAGAAUUUGCAUAAAACCUAUGAAAUUCGCACAAUACGUAGAAAUUCAAUAGUUACUUAGUCUCUUGAUUACUACGUAAUAAAUUCCAUGGGGGCAGGGGUAUGCAUUGGUAUUGAGUAACUAUUAGCAAGAAAAAUAUGCAUACAAGUAUACUAUAUUCUGUUGAUUGUUGCAUAAAAUUGAUGAAAUAGUGGUUUUUAGACAGCUUUUUAUCACUGAUCACAAAAUAAAAUCAUCUG